UUAUAGGAGUUUGUGUUGGGAGUAAUAGCAAUGUUGAAGAUGGUAAUGCAAAGGUAGAAAUAGGUAAAGGUUGUUGUAGUAGUAUUGAAGGUGUAGAAGACAGUGAGUUUGGUAUAAAUGUUGUUGAAUAUGG